GCCUCAGCUGCUGUGCGCUCCGGCAAAGUGAUGAGAACACGCCAAACAACAAGAGCACAAUGAGAGAGCGCUGACUUUUUGCUUUUUUCGCCUUUCUCCUUCUCUGCUCCGGUGAUGCUCGACUCCUCCUCGCACUAGUACAAUGGCUGUCCAAGCGGUGCACUGUAGCCUGAAUCAGAAUGGCCUGGACCACCCACUGCACCCGGAGGACAUGACAUCACAGCUUGAUGAGGAGGAGGAGUCUGUGGACGCCGAGCCCCUCCCACUGGACCACGACGUCAGCCCCGAUUAUCAUGAUGUCAGUCCCGGUUAUCAUGAUGUCAGUCCCGGUUACCAUGACAUCAGCCCCGGUUAUCACGACGUCAGUCCACCUGUGUACCAGCGUCGCCCCCCUCCACACCGCUCUGUGUCCGAGUCCGAACUUACCAAGCCGGGCCACGUGAAGCUGUCCAAACCCGUGGCUCUGUGGACCGUUCAAGACGUGUGCAAAUGGCUGAAGAAGCAUUGUCCCAAUCAGCACCAGAUCUACAGCGACGCCUUCAAACAGCACGACAUCACAGGGCGGGCUCUCAUGCGUCUCACUGACAGGAAGUUGGAGCGGAUGGGCAUCAUUCAGGAGGCUCAGAGACAACACAUCCUGCAGCAGGUGCUCCAGCUCAGGGUGAGGGAGGAGGUGCGCACGCUGCAGCUGCUCACACAAGCCUCUCUGGAGUGCACCCCGUCGUCUCCGUGAAAAAAGGAAAAAAAAAACCUAACCAGACGGACCGAGCCUCUCUACAGGACGCUCCAAUCGGACUACCACAUUCCCACACUCCCUCCGCUCUCCUCCACAAAUCCACGCGUCCUGGAUUUCCGGCAUGUCCACUGACUCAUCUGGGAAAAACCUCUUUUAAAACCCUCCCUAUAUUUUGUACUUGUCAUCUCGGCCUCAUCUCCUUCUGGACCGACAGUUUCCAUUACGUUUGACCCGAGAUCGCGAGGGAUUGCUCAACUUUGAGGGAAAAAGUACCACUGUUAGGCUCCUAUGUUCUUUCCGUCUUGAUUUAAUAGCCCCUAAACUCGAUCUUUUGCGCACGGCUCUUCACGCUCUCACUCCCGGUUCGUACAAAGCCCUUGGCCCGUUUUUCCUCAGAUCAUUAACAUACUAAGAAAGCCACAGUUUUGCCUUGAGUUUUGAUAUAGUGAUCUGCGACGAAGAGUGAGUCCAGAACAACUCCCUUUGACCCACUUUUACACAAUACGUUCCUCAGUUUUCCGGCUAACGAUGCAUCACACCUAAGUAUUGGGAACAUAUGGGGAUUUUCAAAGCGAAAUCUCUGCCCUCUGCUCCUUUUUUUUUUUCUUUUUUUGUUACAUGACUCAAACAAGUGUGUAAGUAAUAGCAGUGCAGAUGGGAAUACUGUCUAGAUUUUCGUGAAGAAUCGGGAAUUGUUCAAAGAUUAAACGCAUCAUAUGGUGGUGAUUUGGCGAGACAGACAGGCCAUAUUGUGUUAGACAGUUUCCCAUUGUUCCUUGUUCCACAGUUACUCCUUUGCUGAUAUCGUUUGGCAACAACGCAUUUGUCGCAAGUUAAUUAAAAUGUUGUGUUUUUUUCGUUAAAACUUAAAAAUAGUGCUUAGAUCACACCGCGUAAGGGUUUGCCAACAACAUAAAAGGGUGAUUCAUAUCAUUCUAAGACAAAUGUGUUGUAUUUGCUGUAUAAAAUAUCGUCAGUUUAAAGGUUCACUAUGUAACUUUUCAUGUGGAGAGUGCCAGUGGUGGAAUCGAACAAAGUAAAAGUAGUAAAGUGCUGUACUUUACAAAUUUUAGGUGUCUACUUUACAUUUGAGCGCCGAUAUGUGUACUUUUUACUCUACUACAUUUUUUAACUGAACUGAAGAGUAAAAGUAUUUUUAAUAUUAAGGCUUCAGGGUGUAUUUUUAACAUGUUCAUAAUUUGAGCAAACAAAGAUAUAAAAAAUUUAAAACGGAUACAAAAAAUGAUUGAUUAAAUUGUUUCUGUUGAACAAAAUAAAGUGCAGAUCUGU